AUGCCUUCUAAAUCUCCAACAUCCCCUAAUUCAAUAAAAUCCAAUAACAAUAACAAUAACAAUAGCAAUACUAAGAAUACCAUCAAUACUACUCCUACUAAUACCAAUAAUAAUAAUAAUAACAUCAAUAAUAAUAAUAAUAACAUCAAUAACACUAAUACUAAUACCAAUACCAAUAACAAUAACAAUAACAAUAACAAUAAUAAUACCUCGUUUCAUACAAACACUUACUCCCAUGGCUAUAAUACUUAUAGAAGACUUUCUUACCCAUUCCAUAAACAAAAUUAUAACACGACGGCGUCUUCAAAAUCAAAUACAAAUAGCUCACUAAAUUCAGCUACAAAUAUAAUCAAAUCAAACAUAAAAACUGAACAUGUUCCUCCCAACUCCGUUUCUGCUUUCAACAACAACAACAACAUCACCACUGAUAACUCAAACUCUAUAAUAAAUCCCUCAAACACAAUCACAAACAAAUACUCAAACAAAUCUAUAAGAGUGAAAUCAAACCCAGAAUCAAUAUCUUUCUUCAAUGACCAUAAAACUAAACACAUAAGCAACCCAAAUAAAAUAAUAAUCCCAUACAACUCCUCCUCUUCAAUCAAAUCAAUAUCAACCCUGCUAAGUCCUCUCGACAAGCCUUUAUCUUCAACCAUCCCAAUCAAUAAUUCCAUCAACUCAAAAAAAUUCCAAAGGAAAUCAUACCAAACUUAUUACCCGAAAAAAAGAUCCCCUGAUAGCAACUUGGACAAACCUUUGAGUGAUUUUUCCUUUAAAAUAUCAAAUUCAAAUAGCGUAAACUCAGCUUCAUCCUUAAAUCCAAAUCUAAAUUCAGCCCAAAAUUCCAUAUCCUCCUCAAAUUCAUACCAAUCAAAACAAAAUCCCAAAUAUUACAACAACUAUACUAAAAAAUACAACUCUCAUAAUUUUUACUACAAAAAAGACUAUAAAAAGGACUACAAAGACUACAAAAAAGAUUACAACGACUACAAUGAUUAUAACGAUUAUAAUAAUUAUAACGAUUAUAACGACUACGAUGAUUAUAACGACUAUAACGACUAUAACAAUUAUAACGAUUAUACUAAAGAACAUGCCAACGAAUAUAAUGAUUAUACAGAAUAUGAAUAUCAUAAAAAUCAUAAAUACCCCAAAAAAGAAAACCAUUAUUAUUCUUCUUCAAAACAGCUACAUUAUCCCUCCAAAAAGAGAAAUGAUUCAUAUUAG